AUGGCGAAGCAGAGGUCGCCGUGCAGAUUGCAAGGUGAGAUUGGAGUUCAAUCGCCUCGGCGCGGGGGCUUCAGCUUCUGCGUGGGCUCGUUUGGGCCAAUCGCCGUUGAUUCCGACCUCACCUUCCUCGGGACAACGGCGGGAAUCGAAGCUCCAGGCGGCGCGAGUAGCAACAGACGCCGCGGAGGUGGUCCUGGCGCUGCAGGCGCCGUUGCCGGGGCGGAAGCCUGGUCCGAGGUUCGUGUUGAUACAGGAGGCGGUGCAGAGGGAUCUAGAGCUCCAGGAUACGGCUCAGAGCUUGCCGGGGAUCAAGCGGCGGCAGGUGGAGAAGCUUUUGCCGGCACAGCAAAUGUCCCCUUUCGAAAUGGCAGUCCAGCGAGCUCGAGCACAGCUUCCUCCGCACUGGAACAAGAGGCCUCGGCCGCUGGGGCUGGCAGUCUCAGAGCUGAAGGCGGCACAUGCGCUGCUGAUCCUCAAUCAUCAUGCACAGCUGCUGAGAUUGCUAGCAGAAGAUUGCGAGGCGUCUGA